AUGUUCACUCGUUUCCAUAUUCCACUUGAGAAUACGAUCACUGCCACUCUUUAUGUAGCUGUACAAAAAGCGAUGCCCAUCAUCGAGAUUGGAUUGACACUGAAUCGAGUUUUUGCUGUUUUCUUUGACGGUCGUUUAUUCAACAGAGUCGAGAAGCUCGCAUUACCUUAUAUUUUAGUCACAUAUAUUGCCUAUUUUGUCGCAUUUGGAAGCACGAUUUCUUUAGAUUAUCAUUACAACUAUAUCCCUCAAUCACAUCGCGAGUACUACUACGAUCCGCUGUUAUAUAGAGUGAAGUCAGCCACAAAGCGAGGUCUAAUUGUGGGUGGAGAUGGGAAAUCGGAUCUCUUUUAUUUUGAUAACAUACCCACACAAACUCUGCCAUAUGCCGUUUUGCUUGAUGUUUGGGUAUUGCUUAAAAUUUUGGAAGUGAAAAAGAACUCAAAAGCAACGACAAAUGCUGGUUUGCGAUUGAUCAUCAUGUCCCUUUUAACCCAUAUGAUCUCAAUGAUUCCCUAUAUUGGCCGGGAUCUCGUAGGCGAGGAUCCUGACAACUCGAUCUUCUUUUUCGGGGAUUUCUGGAAUUUCAUCGCCACCGAAAUGGUGACCACAUUUUGUCAGAUUCUACUGAACAAUACGACUUGUAAUGGCGACGCUUGUUAUUAUCUUUAUUUUUCCUACUCAAAGGCUUUAUAUCAGAGUUGUGUCAUUGGAAUGAUGAGCUAUUGGAAGCCGGGAUGUCAUCUCGCUGACACUCAUAUGUAUGGCGAGAACAAGGAAACACCAUAUCCCGUGUAUUUAUGCAUUUGCAGAAACGAGGAUUAUUGUAAUGAGGAGAGACCGCGUUUGAUGAGAAAUGCAAAAAAGGCGACUUUCGGGAAAAAGAGCUACGAAUUGGCGCUUCGAGAAGAUGUCUCUUGUCAAAAAUACAGACUACGGCAAAGUUCUGAGGGAGAUUUUGCGGUUGUUCAAAUUGGAAAGAUUGGCGAUGAGGGAUUUCCCACUUGCAAGGCUAUUGGCUCGGCCAUGCUGUCGACUGGCAACAAUACACUUCGAGCCCAUAAUGAUGGUGGAUGGAUUUUCGGAGAGUGGAUUGGAAACAGAGCGAACGACUCGGAACUUUUACCGAUUAGCGAAGAGAUGAUAUGGGAUGGAAAGCUACCG